CCGGCGGAGAUAUGGCUGCGAAGAGCUUCUUUUCCCGCCUCAGAGGCUCUCGGCGAUUCCUCGGUGGCUUCGUAGCGGGGGCUGUGGUGGGCGCCGCGGGCGCCGGGCUGACGGCCCUGCGGGUCUACCGGGGUCAGGGCGCGUGGCCGGCGAGGGACCCGGAUGAGUCUUCAGAAGAAACUAUCUUGGAACAGUUUGGAUUCCCUGUAACUGGAACGGAGACCAGGUGUUACACAAAUCACGCUUUGUCUUAUGACCAGGCCAAGAGGGUGCCUAGAUGGGUUCUUGAACACAUAUCCAAAAACAAGAUCAUAGGUGAUGCGAACAGAAAGCAUUGUAAAUUCAAGCCUGACCCCAGCAUCCCUCCACCCUUCAGUGCCCUCAACGAGGACUAUGCUGGGAGCGGCUGGUCGCGGGGACACAUGGCACCAGCAGGAAAUAACAAAUUCUCAAGUAAAGCCAUGGCGGAAACCUUUUACCUUUCAAAUAUUGUACCUCAGAAUUUUGAUAAUAAUUCUGGAUAUUGGAAUAGAAUAGAAAUGUAUUGUCGUGAACUAACAGAGAGAUUUGAAGAUGUCUGGAUUGUAUCUGGACCUUUAACCUUACCUCAUACUAGAAGCGAUGGGAAGAAAGCAGUUAGCUACCAGGUGAUUGGUGAGGACAACGUGGCAGUCCCCACACACCUUUUUAAGGUGAUCCUGGCUCGCAGAAGUCCUGAAUCUCCUGAACCACUGGCACUGGGGGCCUUUGUGGUGCCCAAUAAAGCCAUUGGCUUUGAACCCCAGUUACCUGAAUUUCAGGUGAGCCUUCAGGACCUGGAGAAGAUGUCCGGUCUAGUGUUCUUCCCGCGCUUGGACAGAGCCAGCGAUCUCCAGGACAUCUGCUCCGUGGACACCUGCAAGCUCCUGGGUUUCCAGGAGUUUGUGCUGUACCUGAGCACAAGGAAGGUGGAGGGAGCCCGCUCUGUGGCCAGGCUGGAAAAGAUCCUGGCAACGCUGAAGCAGGCGGGGGUUGAGCCCGACGAUUACUUCCUGAGUCGCUACAAGAAGAAACUGGAGGAACUCAAACCUCUGGAGCAGUUAGAUCCCGAGCCAAAAAGGUCCUCGUAGCUCUCUGAGGAGAAUGCCCCAUGACUGUCGGGAUGCGGCGCCCGCUCCACGAGAGGUGUCAGUGGCUUUGCUUAAAGAGGUGAUGGAAUCCCCACUCAACUCCUGCCAAAGGAUGAGAGAGUUACAGCUUUUUUUGGGAAGGGAGUCGAGGUAGGAUCUCAGUCUAGCCCAGGCUGACCUGGAAUUCACUAUGGAGUCUCAGGGUGGCCUCGAACUUACGGCUGUCCUACCACCGCCUCCCCAGUGCUGGGAUG